GAGUGGUUCCGUUAAUUUUCCGUAUAUUUCUAAUUUCAAGAUGUCUUCCUCUGACGAGCUAGAGUCUUUUGAGGUGACUGAAGAUGAUAUGAGAUCACUGCACAAGAGGGGAAGGAGGAAGUUUACUAAAGAAGACGCCAUGUUAGGAAUAUGGUCGAGCAGUACUGGAGAGACGGGAUACAAGUCCAAGAAAGACUAUUUGGCUCCGGUCGAUUUCGUUUCGUCACAAAAAGAGGAGGAAGAAGGGGAGGAGUCUGACAAUGAUGACGAAGAUCUUGAUUUUCAAGUUGAUUAUAUAUUGGAGAGUAUUGAUCAGAAGAAGUUGGACAGUAAAGGAGGAGGAGGAGGAGGAGAAGAGCCUGAGACACUGACUGGGUUUAAAACGGCCAGUCUGGAAAGAAACAGACAGCUCCAUAUGUUUAAGACGAAACCAGCAGCUCAAGGAGCAGCUCCUGGUAAUGUAACGAUAAAUAAAGGAAGCGGUAAAGGUAGACCUCUUGGUAGAGCUGGUAGCAGCAGUAUGGCAGAGAAAAGGAGGAGGGAACUAAUGGUGAGUGAUAAGGACUGGGGGAGCUGGCAGAAACACUCGUCCGGGUUCGCUAGUAAGAUGAUGAAAAAGAUGGGGUAUGUCCCUGGUAGGGGAUUAGGUAAGAGAGGUGAGGGUAUCGUUAAUCCAGUGAAGGCAACCAAAACUAAAGAACUAGGAAACUCAGGACCUAAUUUGCCAGGUGUUGCUGCAAUGGACGAUGAGGAGCUUGAAGAAGAGGAGCAAUUUAAGGAGGAGCUGCAACAAUGGCAGAAGGACAGAGGAGGACCUGGUAAAGCAAAGCCUAAAUAUGUUUAUAAGACUAUGGAGGACCUAAAGGACACUGCCACUAAACACAAAUCCUUUUAUACCAGACUGGAUAGAGGAGGGGUAGGUGGGGCUGGAGUAGGCGGGGCUAGCAGUGACGUUAAAGUGAAAGUGAUUGAUAUGAGAGGGAAGGAGACUAAGAUAUUGAAUAGCUACAAUGAACUGAGGAAUGAAGCAAGGAAAGGACAAGACAGUGACAGUACAGCUGGUCUUUAUGUUCCUGAACUGUAUCACAAUCUACAAGUCCUGGUAUCUGAUAUAGAAGAGGACAUCAUAUCACAUGAUAGAAGAUAUAAUUAUAAUAAAGAUACUGUCGUUAAUUUGACACAUGAGAAGAAUAGGCUUGAAGGAAUUAUUGAUGACGAAGAAAAGCAGAUUGAGAAACUGACUGAAAUUAUGAAUUUUAUAUCAAUUUUUGAUGAUUCAUCAGUGAGGAUUACUCUAACAGAAUGUGACGAUAUACUGACAAGAUUACUAGAAAAAUAUCCUGAGGAAUACAAAUUAUACGAAUUGUCUUCAAUUGCAGUUGCUGUUGUAUUUCCAAUGUUACAGAGGCUAUUGGUUGGUUGGGAUCCUUCAUCUGAUCCUACUGGUCCUGCUAAUGUAUUCAACCAAUGGAGGAACCUACUGAGGGAAUCAGACUAUUCAUCAGCAGUUCCUCCUGAGCCUGAUAAGAUGGAUAAUUACGACAGAUUAGUUUGGGAGAUUUGGUUGCCAAAGUUUCGAUCAGUUUUAUCAUCAUGGUCACCAAAAUCUAAUGCUCCUAAUAUUAUUAAUAUUUUAGAGCAUUGGUUGCCAUUGUUACCAGAAUGGAUCAUCACUAAUAUUCUCGAAUCAUUAAUAUUACCUAAACUACAACAUGAAGUUGAUAAUUGGAACCCAACCACCGAUCCAUUACCAAUACACUCUUGGAUACACCCCUGGCUACCGUUAAUGGAUAAACAGUUAGAGAUAUUAUAUCCGACCAUUAGGAUGAAGUUGGGUGUGGCUUUGAACAACUGGCAACCCUCAGAUUCAUCAGCUUUGAUAAUAAUCCGUCCAUGGAUUAAAGUAUUCUCUCCUCAAGUAAUGGAGGCAUUUCUAUGUAGGACAGUUCUACCAAAACUUGAGUAUUGUAUACAGACUCUAGACAUUAACCCAAACCAUCAAACUAUUGCUCCCGUUGAGUGGGUACUUCAGUGGAGAGAGGCCCUCCCUCUUCAUCAUUUUGUUCAUAUUUUUGAUAAACAUUUCUUUCCAAAAUGGCUCCAGGUACUGGGGAACUGGUUAGCUGGGAGUCCUAACUAUCAUGAAAUUAUGAAAUGGUAUAGUGGUUGGAAGUCAUUAUUUGAUGGUGAUCUAUUGUCUCAUCCGGUAAUUAAAUCAAACUUUAACCGAGCACUAUCAUUACUGGAUCAUGCUGCUCAUGGUACACUAGUACCAGGAAUGAGAGAAAAUAUGGUCUACUUCACUACUUCCGAAAGAAGAAGAGCUCCUGAAGUACAGCAGGUCAGCCAAACUAAACAGCAACAGGUCCCUCCAACUAGUAUCAGUUUCAAAGACGUUAUUGAGAAGAAAGCUGAAGAACUGGGUAUUGUGUUUCUGCCGUUAGCAAAAAGACAUGAAGGGAAACAGUUACACAGUUUUGGUGACUCAACCAUUUACAUUGAUAGAGGUGUCAUUUUUAUAAUGGAGUCCAACCACUCGUGGACUCCUAUUUCACUGGAAGAACUUGUCAAUAAAACAUCAUGAAAUUAUUUUAAAAUUCAUGUAUGUGUAUAUAUUUGUGAGGCUCUUAGCCUCUUGCUAACUGAUAAUGGCCGGGUAGACCGGUUCACGACUCGAGA